UAGUCUCUCAUCCAUAUCACACAUUCGUUCCCUCUCUCCCAAACUCCCAACAAAAGCAUAAACCAUUAAUUACAUAACUUUAGUUUUGUAAAUCUCCCUCUCUCUCUCUCCAUCCCUCCCUCUCUCUCCCUCUCUCUCUAAAAAUGGAAAGACAUCAUCACUCAAUACAAAGCAACAGCAACCUCUGUUCACCAACAUCGUCACCCACAACCUUCGUUCAGGCAGACACAAACAACUUCAGAGACCUCGUUCAGAAGCUCACCGGCUUAUCCGGCAACUCGGAAAAGCCGGUCACCCACCCAGCAAGGCACUACCCUAAAUCACCCACCACUCCCGGUGACCUAACAAGCCCCCGCCGGUCACCGUUCAAGCUCCAAGAGCGGAGACAUACCAUGAGAAAGCUGGAGAUCAAACUCAGCCUCGCCACCCUACACGGCUCUCAGCCGAUUCCGAGUCCCAUCACACCACUCGGGUUCGACUCGUUUUCAUUCCCGAGUUCAGGGUCCGAGUCGCCGUCGUCUCCCGCGGCGGUGGCGGAGGAGGACAAGGCAAUUGCGGAGAAGGGUUUUUAUUUGCACCCUUCGCCGCUCAGUACGCCCAGAGGGGCCGAGCCGCCCGAGCUGCUGACUCUGUUUCCACUGAGUUCACCCAGUCAACUUGAUCACAAGUCUCUGCCGUCCUCCUAAAUAUUAAAUAAUUAAAUUACAUAUCAAAUUUCUGUCAACCAAAAUAUAAUGUAUUUUCUUUUUUCUGAUAGAUUUUUUUGGAUUUCUGUAAUACCAGUAUAUAAUUAUAUAUGUGUGUGAGACUUUUCUGUUCGUCGUGCAUGCGAGUUUGUAAGGAUUUUUUUUAUUUAAAUGAUUUUUUUUGUUUAAUAUAUAGCCGAGCUGUGACUGUCAUGACCGAGUUGAUCAAUUAUAUAUCGACGUUUUUUGACUGA